GGGUCUGAGGUUGUAACUUUAACAGGUGUAAGUAUUUCUUUCCUCUGUUUCAGCUGGAAGUUUUGAGAGUGAAAUAUUCACAGCCAUUAAGAGACCUCCAAUUUAAUUUCUCAACAUACUUAUUCUAUAGUUCACAUUCAAUCCAGAGCACUGGAGGAACUGAACAAGUGGACACUGUAGACAUCAGUUAGCUGGCCAUGGUGUUGGCCAUGGCAUCUCAGGAUGCUCAGAACUUCUUCCAGCCUUUCUCUUCCUGGAUAUCUCGGGUUUAUGAAGCUCUCCAGCAAGCAGGAGAUAUGUUAUCUGCUUCGCUGGUUAACAUAAGCAAACAAGACUCUAAAUUGAGUGACAAGCUAGAUCAGGACUUAAAUGAUAUUCAGAUUCAGGAAACGUACUUUGAAGAUGAAGAACGAGAAAAUGAUUGGAGUCAAGAGGAUGCAACUUCCUUGUUUCUGGAAGUGGAUCAUUUCUCAUGUUGUAAUAGUGAUUUGCAGGACUCUGCCCAAGGUUCAAGCCCCAGGCUUAGCCAACAUGCAAAGGACUCAUGUUGCACAAUGUCCCAGUGGCCCAAUCAGGCCAGUGAUGACCACAAGUCACCACACGUGCUUUCUUCUAUUGCUGAGGAAGAGCAUCACCUUGAAAAGCAAAGAAGUGGCCUUCAACAUGGCUUUGACAGCCAGCUCCCUGGUACAUUAGAAACUGUUAAUGGAAAAAAGCAAGUCAACAGCUUUGGCGAUGAUGAAGACCUGUCCACAUCUUCUGACAGUGACGAGGAGGUGAUCAAACAAUUUGAGAUUUCCGUGUCCCGGUCCCAGAGUUUCCGUUCAGUGACAUCUGAGAAAGGAAAGCAGACAGGAUUGGAGCAGAAACCGAAAUUCAGCCAUUUGCUGUCGACGCACGAAGAAGAUGGCACAGAAGUAUCUGCCUGUGAAGAUUUGGAUGGAGCCAGCCAACGGAGUUAUUCUGAGAAUCUUUCCUAUGGUGAAGAUGACCACAUCCCUGCUCAUUCACAGUCUCCCUGUGAGAGGGGGGAUGCCAAGCACCAUAGCACAUCUCACCCAGAGUCCAGUGUGAUCCAAAGCCUCAGGCGCCAAUCCACAGAGGGCAGCUUGGAGAUGGAGAGAGCUUUUAAUAGCCGGGGAUUUGAAGAUUCCUAUGCCACUGACAGCUCCUCCAUGUGGAGUCCAGAGGAACAGGACAGGACCAAUUUGCAGGUGCCAUCUGGGGUCACAGAGCCCAUCUCAAAGUGUGGUGAACUAGAUGUCAUCUUUGAAUAUAGAGCUGCCAGCCAGAAGCUCACAGUGACCAUCAUGAGAGCACAGGGCCUCCCAGAUAAGGACCGAAGUGGUGUCAACUCCUGGCAAGUUCAUGUAGUGCUGCUGCCUGGUAAGAAACAGAGGGGCAGGACGAACAUACAGAGAGGGCCCAACCCCGUCUUCAGGGAGAAGGUCACCUUUGCCAAGCUGGAGCCCAGAGAUGUGGCUGCCUGUGCUGUUCGCUUCCGCCUGUACGCAGCCCGUAAGAUGACCCGAGAGAGAAUGAUGGGAGAGAAACUGUUCUAUCUCAGCCACCUGCACCCAGAAGGGGAAAUGAAAGUGACUCUGGUUCUGGAGCCAAGAAGUAAUAUAAGCAGUGGAGGGUCUCCGCUCAGCCCAUCUGCGGUUUCUCACAGUGAUAGCACUUCAUCCACGCAGUCGCUGUCUCAUGGAGGGGCGCCAGAGCUGCUGGUGGGGCUCUCGUACAAUGCCACAACGGGGCGAUUAUCUGUGGAAAUGAUCAAAGGCAGCCAUUUCCGAAACCUCGCUCUUAACCGAGCACCUGAUACAUACGGAAAACUCUUUCUCCUCAAUUCUGUGGGUCAAGAGAUGUCCCGCUGCAAGACAUCCAUUCGGCGUGGUCAACCCAAUCCCGUCUAUAAGGAGACCUUUGUUUUCCAGGUGGCCCUCUUUCAGCUGUCUGAUGUCACGUUGAUGAUUUCCGUUUAUAACAGGCGUACUAUGAAGCGUAAAGAGAUGAUUGGCUGGAUUGCCCUGGGCCAGAACAGCAGUGGAGAGGAGGAGCAAGAUCAUUGGGAGGAGAUGAAGGAAACCAAAGGCCAGCAGAUCUGCAGAUGGCACGCUUUGCUGGAAUCCUAGGUUUGCUUACCUGCAUUUGUGUGCUGUGUCCACCUUGGUUACCUGUGUUGCUGUCUACUGACACCAAGUCAGUGUGUCCUGGCAAGGGUUUCAGGCUUUCAAAAACAGAAUCCACUGACCCCUAGGACAUUGCAAGUGGGAGUUUCGGGUUUCUCAGUGGUUUGAUUUGGAUUUAAAUAUUGUAAUUUUAAAAACCUAUAUACGCAGUGAAGUGUCCAUAUGGAAAGGGUUAUACCACAGUGAAGACCACUGAUGAGUUAAUUUGUGCCAAUAGAUGAUCAAGUUUUGGUUCAGGGCAUGGGGUGAAGCUUCUCCUGCUGUCUUUGUUUGCUUGAAGAGUACCUGAGAUUGCAAGGGAGCUGUUAAAUGUUACCAUUUGCAACCAUUUACGUGGAUGAAUCAGAAUUUUCUUAAUAUGGUACUAAAAAAAACUCCAAAAUAUAGAAAUGAAUCAGAUGCUGAGGCUCAUAGAAGAAUCUAACUUUAAUCCAUAAACUCUUAUUUCACAUUUUUCUCUUUAUCAAAGAAACCUGAGCAAUUGCUCAGUCACUUAUUUACCUAACAAGUAAAUAUUAUAAACUUGCACUUAUAAAAUAAAUUUGUAUUAAUUAAAUACCUCUUUUAUCUUAUAUUUUAUGGUUUCUAUGAGAUUUGGCUAAAUGAAUCAUUUUGAAGCAAGAAAAGAGUUUGGAAACUGUGUUUUAAGACAACUUAUCUCCUUUUGAAUAUGUAAAAUUUCAAACUUGUAACUUUUAAGGUUUUUAUGCUGUCUUUCUCAGCCAAUAAGUUCUUACAGAAUACGAAGAAAACACACACACAAAAAAAACAAAACAAAACUAUUUCAGUCAUAGAUUUAUUGAUUUUUCUGAUUCUGGUGUUCUUUUGGAUUAUACUUUUUCUAUGUUCAAUUAUAUAUACUCAUAUAUUAAUAUUUUGAAUGUACUGCAUGUAAACCAUGCUGUUUUUAAAUUGAGUAUUUUCCAUCACUAGAGCAUAGUAAAUUGCACACAGUGGGUCUUUAAUAAAUAUCGAUUUGACUGACU